CGCCGCACCGGGGAAGCUCCGCCCGGCUCCCGGUGGCCGCAGCCGGCCGGCGCCCACCCCGCUCGCCCCGGACUAUGAGGAGCGGGGCCGGCCGGGGGAAAGAGGAGGAGGAGGAGGAAGAGGAGGAGGAGGAGGAGGCGGCGGCGACCCCGGUGCUGCGGGAUCGGGAGCGGGGGAGCCGCCGCCGCCGCCGCCGGCCGGGUCAUGCCCGUGCGCCCGGGGCGGAGGGGCUGCUGCGGGCUGCGGGAUGGGAGCGCUCCGGGCCGGCGGUGUCGCCUUCCUCCUCCUCCUCCUCCUCCUCCUCGGCUGCCUCCUGCCCCGGCGCGGCCCGCUCAGGCUGGUUUCGGGGAGGGAGGAGAUCAAAGCUGCCUCCCGCAGCUCGCCCCAGCCCAUGUCACCCUCUGAUUUCCUGGACAAGCUCAUGGGGCGAACGUCGGGGUAUGAUGCCCGGAUUCGACCCAACUUCAAAGGCCCGCCCGUCAACGUGACGUGCAACAUCUUCAUCAACAGCUUCGGCUCCGUCACCGAGACCACCAUGGACUACCGGGUGAACGUCUUCCUGCGGCAGCAGUGGAACGACCCCCGCCUGGCCUACCGCGAGUACCCCGACGACUCCCUCGACCUCGACCCCUCCAUGCUCGACUCCAUCUGGAAGCCCGACCUGUUCUUCGCCAACGAGAAAGGGGCCAAUUUCCACGAGGUCACCACCGACAACAAGCUGCUGCGCAUCUUCAAGAACGGCAACGUGCUCUACAGCAUCAGGCUGACGCUGAUCCUGUCCUGCCCCAUGGACCUCAAGAACUUCCCCAUGGACAUCCAGACGUGCACGAUGCAGCUGGAGAGCUUCGGCUACACCAUGAACGACCUGAUCUUCGAGUGGCUGGAGGAGCAGGAGGCCGUGCAGGUGGCGGAGGGCUUGACGCUGCCGCAGUUCAUCCUCAGGGACGAGAAGGACCUGGGCUACUGCACCAAGUACUACAACACAGGCAAGUUCACCUGCAUCGAGGUGAAGUUCCACCUGGAGAGGCAGAUGGGCUACUACCUGAUCCAGAUGUACAUCCCCAGCCUGCUCAUCGUCAUCCUCUCCUGGGUCUCCUUCUGGAUCAACAUGGACGCGGCGCCGGCGCGGGUGGGCCUGGGCAUCACCACCGUGCUCACCAUGACCACGCAGAGCGCCGGCUCCCGUGCCUCCCUGCCCAAGGUCUCCUACGUGAAGGCCAUCGACAUCUGGAUGGCCGUCUGCCUGCUCUUCGUCUUCGCCGCCCUGCUGGAGUACGCCGCCGUCAACUUCGUGUCCCGGCAGCACAAGGAGUUCAUGCGCCUGCGGCGGCGCCAGCGGCGCCAGAGGAUGGGCCUGAGCAGCGGGACGGCCAGCCUCGAGUCCCUGCAGCAGCUGAGCAGCCAGCACAGCGGCGAGCACACCUACGCGACGCUCUCGCAGCUCUCCAGCUCCAGGGAGGAAGAGCUCGUCCGCGAGAGCCGCUUCUACUUGCGAGGCUACGGGCUGGGCCACUGCCUGCAGGCGAAGGAGGGUCCCGGGGAGGGUCCUGGCAUCUACAGCCCCCCCCUGGGCAGCGCGCUGCUGCGGGAAGGGGACACCCUCCGCCGGCGCUACGUUGACCGCGCCAAGCGAAUCGACACCAUCUCCCGAGCCGUCUUCCCCUUCACCUUCCUGGUCUUCAAUAUCUUCUACUGGGUCGUCUACAAAGUGCUGCGCUCGGAGGACAUCCACCCGGUGCCCUGAGGCCCGAAAAUGAGGGACUGCCUCUGGGCCAGGCCCCGCUGCAUGCCUGGAGCCAGAGCCACGUUUGUGUCUGUCACAGCCAGGCCGGGGCUCGGAGCGAGGACACGCGGCAGCCCCCGGGUCCCUCUGGGUGCUGAGGGAGGGGACCAGCUGGGGGUAGCCCCCAGCCCCCAGCCCAUCCUGGCCAUGGCCAGGGCCCUUCUGGCCCCUUCCCAGCCCCACAGUGAAGGGUCGGGGCCAGGCAGCUGUCCUGCUGCAGAGCCCAGCGCUGUCCCUAUUCUAGGGCACAUGUCCCAGGAGCGAUGUCUGUGACGUCCUUCCCCGUCCCCGACUGCCACCCGCCCUGCCAGGGCCCCCACGGAUGGAGAAGGAAGGCGGGUGGCACACACAGCCCAUGGCAGGAGCUGCUCAGCACCCCGGGCAGGAUGCUGAGGGGGGUUUUUUGGGGUUGGAAGUGUGGGGGCAGCUCGGCUGACCCCCUUUGGAGGAGCAGAGCCGUGGUGGCAUCUCUGCAGUGGCUGCCACCGCUGGACAUGGCCGUGCUGCUCGGGAGGAGGCGGUGGCACGUCACCACGGUGCCAGCAGCAGAGAGCAGGAGGUGAAAUCGCCCCAGCCUUGCUGACCCCGGCCCCCAGUUACCCUCCCCCAGCCCCAGUCCAGCCCCCAGGUGUGGUUCACCCCGGCUGCUCCUCCACCGGAGAGCACCCAAACCCUCGACUUCCAAAUCCAGCAAGGCUUCCAGCCCUCCGAACCCGGGUGUCCUCCGUGCUUAGCUGGAAAUAAAAGCAGUAGGCAACGUUUCUGUA